GCCUACAGUGAUAGUGUGUUGGCUGCAUUUAUCUCUCUCCUUCUCCUCUGAAUGCACUUCAUUGGUUGAAGAGACGCCGAGCAGAGCUGGGAUAAACGACAGACGGGUCAUUGUUCAAAUCCAAUGAGGAAACCAAUCCAAUGAGUGAAAGUACAUCAUUUGUUCGACUCUUCGUGGGGAUCCUGCUCAGUGCGACAGGUGUACAUGCCUCCUGUCCCAUUGAGUUGAGUCCCCCCAGUGUUGUGGUGAGAUAUGGAGACUCAGUCUCAGUCAACUGCAGCACAUUGGAGAGCCAGUUUGAAGGAAUAGGCUGGGAGGCUAGACAAGGAGGCGUAAGUCUAAAGAAGGCCACCUAUCUGGUCUGGACUGUGGAGAACCUAACAGAAUGGACCGUCUCGCCCUCAUGUUACAUCAACCUAUUACAAAAUAGUCAAUUCCAACAGUGCUUUAAGAAACCAGAAGUUGUCCUUUACACAUUCCCAGACACCAUCAGUAUCCACCCCAGCAAUGCACAAGAUCAUGUGAUGAAUGAAGGGGAGAAAUAUAACUUCACAUGUGACAUCCACAAUAUAGCACCUGUUCAAAAUCUCACUGUAAGGUGGUACAAAGGAGGUGAGAUGGUCUAUGCAGAGACUUUUGACAAUCCCAAAAGGGAACCAGUGAAUCAGUCUUCCGUCUUCAGCUUUACACCGUCCAGACAAGACAACGGAGUCACGUUCAGAUGCGAGGCACAUUUGGACCUGUGGCCAAAAGGUCCACAACUUAAUGCAUCUUCACAAGAGUGCAAUAUUACAGUUUUCUUUGGACCAGAUGUACAAUGUUAUUCUAUUUCACGGGACAAACUGGAGUUACUGGAAGGAGAAACAUUGGAGAGGGGAUGCCCUGUGACAGGACGUCCCACCCCGGGUGUCACGUGGCUGAAAGAUGGACAGCCCAUAAACCCGACCGUCCCUCUGAGCAGAAAGGAUACAGGCCGGUACACUGUUGAAGCGGAAGGCCUUGGCUUUAUCAAAAAGGAACUCUGGGUUCUUGUAUUGUAUGGACCCGAGUUAAUGUGUCCAACCAAUUACGUUGCACUGGAGGGAGCUCCUCACAACCUCACUUGCAUUGUUGAGGGCUAUCCUAAACCUGAGACCAUCUGGCAUAAAGAUGGAGAGGAGGUGGUACUUCCAGAGUCCCUAACAAGAAGUGAUUCAGGGCAGUACUUGAUCACAGCUACAAGCAAUCUGUCGAUUGUCAUCCUCACAGUCGAGAUUAAUGUCGAAUACCCACCAUCACAGAUAGUUGAGCUUGAAGACUCUGAAGUUGACGUUGGUUCCACUGUGUGGCUGAAGUGCUCCUCCGUGGGCAACCCGCGACCAAAAUAUUUCUGGAAUUAUUACCGGACUUCCAAUGUGAUAGAGGAAAAGGAAGAUGGAGUGUCCCGUCUACACAUCCACAAUGCUACCGUAUACAACAUGGGCUCCUACACAUGUCAUGCCUGGAAUGACAGAGGAAAUGUCUCUAAAACAGCCAGAGUUACAGUAAAAGGUGCCAGUCAAGAAUGCCCCAUCGAAAUAACUCCAGACCAGAUGGUGAUACAAUACCAAAGCAGAGGCCAGAAGGCGACAUGCAAGGCAACAUCUGCUGACGUUGGACAUGUCAAAGAAAUAUACUGGCAGGGUGUCCAAAAUAACAGCACAAGUUGGUCUGUUGACACUUAUGACUGGGACUCAAGGCCUGUUUGUACCGCAACGUUUAAAGUAAUAGGAACAUGCCAUAAACAUUUAAACGUCACCCUCUACAAAACACCAGACAGUGUCUCCAUUCGACCUGUGGAUAACUUAAACUCAGUGGUGGUGGAGAAGAGAGAGUUUCAGCUGCAGUGUGACAUUACCAACGUUGCUCCUGCAGGAAACCUCAUUGUGCGGUGGUACCGAGGGAAUGAAACCUUCAAACCACUUAUCAAAGGCUCAAUGCGAGUGACUGGCUGCCUGCCUGAGAAUGACACAAACUGUGACAUCAGUGGUGUUCGAUCCCCGCGGAACGUGUCGGUUACCAUCAGCACCACUCUGAACAGAAACCACAACGGAGCGGAGUUCAGAUGUGACGCUCAGUUAGAUUUUGGACCUGAGGGACCGCGGCCUCCUCCAAACAUGAUGUCCAGUCCUCUUAACAUCAGCAUCUACUAUAAGCCCAGCAUUAAUACCACAAAGCUUCCGAAGACGAUCCCAGUGUUCAGAGGUUAUCCCGAAGAGCUUGUUUGUGAAGCUGAUGGCCACCCACCUCCGAAAAUCCAGUGGCUGUACAGCUCAGACUUAGUGCCCCAUGUGUCUGGAAACACACUCACUGUGUAUGAAGCAGGUGUCUACAAUUGCAGCGCCACCAAUGAAGUUGAUUCCAUCUCUCAUGAGGUCAAAGUGAUUUUAAAAGAGGACUACCUCCCCCUAAUAGCUGGAUUUGUGGCUGUUACAGUAGUUGCCAUCUCCAUCUUCUUCCUCUUCAUCUACUCAAUCUACUACAAGAACACCAGGAUGCGCCGCUACAGUCUUAAAAACCCCAAACUUGACACCCACAGUGGCAAUGUAGCCCACAACGGCUGGGACAUGCAGUUUCCUAUGACCAAGCUGUCUACACUGUUUACCAGCGCUGUGAACUGUGGUCAGGCAAAAUUCGGCAAAAACUUCCGACCGCCUACCAGACGAAAGCCUGUGAGGUCCUCCUGUCCAGUCGAGAUCUCGAUGAGCCCUUCCAAAGUUGUGGUGAGAUUUGGAGAUCCCUUCUCCGUCAUCUGCAGCUCACCUUCCAACCGGACACAGGCAAUGGGCUGGGAGUCUCCAUACGGCACAGGCAUAGGACUUCAAACAGGGGCCUCAUCUGUUUCCUUAGAAAUAGACUCUGUGAAAAGCUGGGAACUUAAACCACUCUGCUUCAUCAAUCUCAAUGUCGACCACGUUCAAUGUUUACGACUCUUAUCAGUCACCGUUUACAAAAUACCGGACAGUGUAUCCAUGUCUCAGCCAAGUCCAAUGGGCCCCAUGGUAGAGGGCGAAAAGUAUCGCAUGCAGUGUGACAUUGUUAAUGUUGCACCAGUAGGCAACCUCUCUGUGUACUGGCACAAAGGAAAUAAGAUAAUCUAUACAGAGGCAUUUAACAAGACCAGUCCCUCUCCAGCCAAUACGUCAUCCGUCUUCAAUCUGACUGCCCAAAGAAGUGAUAAUGGAACUCAGAUUUGGUGUGAAGCAAAGCUGGAGUUUUCGCCAUCAGUACCAAAUCUACGCACAAUCCGUUCAAAGUCACAUGAAGUGGUUGUACUGUACUCACCAACCUUCACCAAACCCGAAAAUGAGACAGUGCACCUCAAAGCUGGUAGUAAAAUCAUUUUAAAUUGCACUGCUACAGGAAACCCAAUGCCGGAAUACAGCUGGCAUUUUACACAACCAAUACAACAGACGAAUAUAAAUGAGAAUCAGCCCAUUUUGGCCCCGUCCAUUCAGCUUCCAGGGAACUAUACCUGCACAGCGUCUAAUACCCAGGGCACCAAGACCAAAACGUUUACAGUCAUUGAAGUUACAAUGUCAGGUGAAGGUUGCUCUCUUAUCCUCAAGCCCUCCCGGGUCGUGGUGGGUUUUGGGGAGCCGGUAUCAGUCAGCUGUGAGGCCACUCGGCCAGUACGUGUCCUGGGCUGGGAAUCGGUCAUCAGUGCUGCACACACUCAACAGGACCUUUCUGUUCGGUGGAAGGUGGACAGUCUCAUUGACUGGAUAGAGGAGCCCAUCUGUUAUGGUGUGUUCUUCACAGCUCCCAGACAGUGUGAGGAGAAGCUCAACCUUGUCCUCUACAAAACCCCAGAUAGCGUCUCCAUCAGGCCUGUGAACCACACUGGCCCCAUGGUGGAAGGAAAAGAGUACCAGCUGCUCUGCGACGUUCAGAAUAUUGCUCCAGUUCAGUACCUCACCCUGAGGUGGUACAAGGGGCAGACUGAGGUUUAUAAUCACUCCUUCUCUGACCUCCCAUCGUCCUCGCCUGUCCAAGUCUCCUCUAUCCUCAUGGUCACACCAACUAAAGCUGAGGAUGGAGCACAGUACAGGUGCGUUGCAGAGCUGGAGCUCGGACCAGAGGGUCCACAACCACCUCCUACUGUGACCUCGGAGCCUCUUAAUGUCUCGGUGUACUUCCCCCCAAUGUUCCUCAGUCCCGAACCAGAGGUUUUGGACCUUAUAGUGGGUGCUGCCAUUACCUUGAACUGCACUGCCACAGGAAACCCUGCACCUGUGUACAGCUGGCAAUCCUCCAAUCCUAUUCAGGAGAGGAUGGAGGAGGAAGCAGUUCUUACCUCCCCCUCACUGCUCCCAGGGACCUACACCUGCACUGCCUCUAAUACGCUAGAGAAGAAGAGCAAGCUGUUCAUCGUCAAGGCCAAAACCAAGGGUGUUUGAAGCAAGAGAUCUUGAGAUGGAAUCAGAUGACUACAUCGGACAUGCAAGGAGAAUCCAACUAAGGGGAUUUGACUUCUGCUGCUUUGGAGACGGAAACAACAAUGCAUUACAAAUAUUUAUGAGGAUCUUGCUAUCAAGCAGAAUUAGAUCUCUUUCAAAUAUUUUGGAAUAUAUUAUGUUUGGUAAUUAUCAUUUAUUUUGUCAGUAUUUUAACAAAAUGUGUUUUAUGUAAAAUAGAUUGGUGGAUUAGGAUAUGGUAUGCUUUCCGUCGUGAUAUCCUGUCUGUAAUUUAUAUUUUUGCUAGACUUAUUUUCAUAUUAAUGAAAUUAUCUUGUAACAUCACACGUGUCACUACUCUUGAUAUAGCAUUGAUGACUACAUAAUCAAUUAUGUAUGCUGGGAAUCUACUACAGAAUGUUAAAGAUCAGCAGGCCAUUAACUGUAAAUAUGAUUUCUUUUUCUUAAUUUUC